AUGACCAAAGCAGGACAAGAGAUCCCGGCCACCAUCACUGCCCUCCGCGGCCUCGUCUGGAAGCACACAGGCCGGGAUGGCAUUCCUCACCGACCCUAUGGUUGUGACUGGGUGGAGUUCGAGCGAUUCAUAUAUCGAUUGCUCGUGCUUAGAGGUCUGAUUAAGGACGGCGAUCGGGUCCCCGAGGACCCCUGGGAGAUGUAUCUGAGCGAAUUCGGCCCGUUUCUUCCUCCCCAUCAUCCUCUGAAUUUUCCGAAUUCUAUCCUGGUGACUCGUGACUUUUGCCCUCCGUUAAAUUCGCCGCUGUCGCCGUUUUCGUUGUUGUCGUCGUCGGAGUGUCGUGUUCGGUUUGCGCCACCUGUGGUGGUUCCUAGGGAUCUGGAUGAUGCCUAUACGAGGCAGUCUCGUCGGAUUCCUCGGUCGUUUACCUAA